AAAAAAGAGGAGGUUUUAGAGUUCACAGUUGUUUCUUGGUCUGUGUGCAAGUCACAAAGAGAGGCUGUAACAAGCGAAGCUGCUGGAUAUAGGAUAGGGCUAAGAGGACAAGAAAAGGGCUGUAAGUUAUUAGAAAGGAGGGAGCAAAACACCCAAACUGUUUUCUUAAGCAGAUGGUGUGUAUCCACUAAGGAGAGUCCUUCCCAUCGGAUCAUAACAAGCAGAUCAAAGUCAAGCGCAGGUGACUCUGGACAAUCGCAAGGCUACGAAGAAGAAAUGGGGGUGAUCCACAAACUGCUGCUGUGCCAGAUCCUUAUUUUCCACAGUCCAGUUGCAUAUCUCUACUCAGUGCCUGCCAGCCAACAGAAUCCCGAGAGUGUGGUCAUAUCGGUAUCUAACAUCAGUGCACCAUCUGGGUCCCAGACUCAUUUAUCAUGCCACAGCAACCGCAUGGUGUGGACACAGGACAGCCUUAAAGACAGGCAGAGAGUUGUACACUGGGAUCUCUACAGCAGUCAAGGAGUGUACCGAGGAGAGCGUCUUCUGGACAUGUUCUCUGCAGGGGAUCAACGCAUCUACAGUGGAUACAACCAAGGACGAAUCAUGGUGUCAAGUUCGGCCUUCCAAAAUGGCAAUUUUUCUUUAGUGAUAAAAGCUGUAUCCAUGAGCGAUCAAGGACUGUAUUCAUGUAACCUACAUCAUCACUACUGUCACCUGGAUGAGACGGUCAGGGUCCAGCUGAAUAUCACAAAGUCAGAACGUAGGGUGAAGAUGUACUGGGAUGGCGAAAAGGCUGUUGUUGUUGCACUUGUUGGAUCCAAUGUUGUACUGCCCUGUGAGAACUGGAACCACAUAUGGACUGACCGACAUCGUGAAGAAGACCAGCAAGUGGUGCAUUGGGAUCGUCAAGCUCCAGGAAUCUCUCAUGACAAAGCAGACCGUUUGAUUGACAUGUAUGCUUCAGGGGAGAGAAGGUCAUAUGGUCCCCUCUUUAUCAGGAGGAAAAUGAAUGUGACAGAUAUGGCUUUUGCUUAUGGAGAUUUCACACUUCUCAUAUCAGACUUGACAAAAGGAGAUGAAGGAACUUACUCCUGUCAUCUACACCAUCACUAUUGUGGUCUCCAUGAACGCAGGAUUUUUUACUUAACUGUCUAUGAUCCACCAAAAGAACCCCCAAAAAUAGAAGAACCCAAGAAAACUAUUGUAGCACCUGCUGCAGAUUCCAAUACCAUCCGGGAACAUAAAGUGAUCAAUGUAAUAAUUCCAGAAAACAGACAUCACUUCUUCCAACAACUCGGAUAUAUCCUGGCAACCCUUCUGCUGUUCCUUCUCCUCCUCACAGCUGUGAUCCUCAUCACCCGCAGACAUCGCAAGAAAGGCUAUGCAUAUAACUUGAAUAAAUCUCAACGGAAAGACGUGAACAUGAAGGAAAUUUGUUUGAGACCUCCUGACCUUAUUGAAUACAAAAUGGAAGACGUUCGAUUCGAUUACAAAAAUAACAUACUGAAGGAACGUGCCUCCAUGGAAAGAACCUUCACGCCAAAGAACAUUGACUUAGACCUUGAACUUCGCAAAGAAUAUUGUAAAUAGGACAUUCCUUGUGCUACUGGCUGGCCCAGAAGCUCCAUCUUCUCUUGGGAAGAGGGCCCUUAACACUUCCUCUUGUGUCUUCAUCCAAGCUGUAACUUUUGCCUGCGUUUCCGCCGUGCGCUACUGUAUAUUCCGAUCACUGUUCCAAGUGGUGGCACCAUUUCCACAAAGACAUUGACGUUUAUGAGGAAAUGGACACAUUAUCUUCUCCCGUUUUUCUAUCUGUGGUAACGUCCAAGAGACGUAUUUCAAGCAAAUGAUUACAUUUACAGGUAGCAUAUUAAAAGGUAAUGUAGUAAUGGCUUGCUGCAAUAGCGUGUAGAGCUGCCUUAUAUAAGGCCUCAUGCACACGACAGUUUUUUUU